UCCGAGGGCACCCAUAUUCUCUUAGGUAUUUUAUCCAUGGCAAUCUCGUGCUUCCUUGUAUUAGUGUUUCUUUUCUCCCUCUUUGCUUUAGAAACCCAAUCCCAAACACUCACUAAUCAAACUGAUUUCUCCUGCGACUCAACAGAAAGCUGUCAUACUUAUGUCCUGUAUCGUGCCCAAGUGCCCGAAUUCUCAGACCUUGGAAAUAUCUCUGACCUCUUUGGAGUUAGUCGCUUAUCUAUCAUGAGAGCAAGUAAUCUCACCGCAGAAGUUGUUACUCUGUCACAAAACCAGCAGGUAUUUGUUCCCAUACUUUGUGGGUGCACAGGAAACCACUCAUAUGCCAAUAUAUCAUAUCAGAUCCAAAAAUCUGAUAGUUUUUACUUGGUUUCCACCUAUAAAUUUGAAAAUUUAACAGAUUAUCAAGCAGUGGGGGAUUUGAAUCCAAAUUUGAAUCCAAUCAAUUUGUGGGUUGGAACCGAAGUGAUUUUUCCAAUCUAUUGUAAGUGCCCUUCAAAAACCCAGGUGCAAAAUGGCACAAAUUUUUUGAUUACUUAUGUGUGGCAAAAAGGAGAUAAUAUAGUUGAAGUGAGCAAAAGACUUAAUACUUCAGUUGAAAGAAUUGAAGACGCAAAUAAAUACAGGAAUUUUACAGCUGCUAUGGACCUUCCUGUGUUGAUUCCAGUCGAUCAAUUGCCAGUUUUAUCUCAGCCUCCUUCAGGUUCUACUCCUGAUUCUUCCCUCUUACUCACUGAUAACCAUGAUGACCACCAAGUUCUUAUCAUUUUUUUAUCAGCUAUGGUAUCUUUCCUUGUACUAGUUUUGGGUUUUCUUGUUUUCCUAAUUUACACACAGCAUAAAAGAUCAAAACCCUUGGUUCUUGAGGGAUCGAGCUUUGAAUCAAUGAUUCGAAGUAAUCUGAAGAAAAAUAAUAAAGUCGAGAAUUUGAGCCCAAGAACCCCAAAAGAAAAGAGAUUAGUCGAAGUCUCAGACUGUUUUGAUAAGCCAGUUGUGUACCAGAAGAGUAAAAUUAUGGUAGCAACCAUGAAUUUGAGUGAGGAUUGCAGGAUAGGGCGAUCAGUUUACAAAGCCAUAAUUGAUGGAAAAUGUUUUGCGGUUAAGCAGUGCAGAGGACAUAUCACAGAGGAAAUCAACAUUCCACAGAAGUUUAACCAUGUGAAUUUGGUGAAGCUUGCUGGUAUUUCCAUGGAGUCAGAAUGGAACUGCUUCUUGGUAUAUGAAUUUGCAGAGAAUGGGUCACUGGAUAAGUGGUUAUAUCAGACGAUCCUAUCUCCACCAAGCUCUAUAAGCUUCCUUUCAUGGAGAACCAGAUUGACAAUAGCAUUGGAUGUUGCUAAUGGCCUUCAAUAUAUGCAUGAACAUACCAGACCAAGUAUUGUUCAUAGGGAUAUCAAAGCAAGAAAUAUUCUACUCACUGAUCAACUUAAGGCCAAGAUAUCAAAUUUUGCCACGGCUAGAGCUGUGACAAGCUCUGUGACCCCUAAAGUGGAUGUUUAUGGAUUUGGGGUCCUUUUGUUAGAGCUUCUUUCAGGGAGGAAGAACAUGGAUACCCAAGAAGAGUGUGAAAAAGUGAAUUUAUUGAAGGAAUUAAGAGGUAUUUUGGAAGUUGAAGAGAGGAGAGAGGAGAGGUUAAGGCAGUGGUUAGACCCCAAGUUGCAGGGCUUUUAUCAUUUUGAAAGUGCUUUAAAUUUGGCCACCAUGGCAAGGGCAUGUACAUGGGAGAAAGCUUCUGAGAGACCAAGCAUGGCAGAGAUAGUUUUAAAUCUCUCUGUUCUGAUCCAGUCAUGUCCUGAUUCAUUUGAGGCAUCAUGGGCUGCUCAAGAAGAAGCUACAGAGGACGAUGAACACAAUAUCACACCAGUCAGAGCUCGCUGACAGAGACCCCUUUUCCAGAUCUAUCUGAUUCAUAAAAGAAAUAAUCUCUCUCUCUCUCUCGCUCUCUCUCUCUCUCUGCAUGUUUAUACAAAUUAAAUUUAUCUUGUGUGUUGCUUCAAGGCUCUACUGGAUGGGGGAUAAAUAUGUAAAUGUUUAGUUCCUGCAAUAUUAUACUAUGGAAAAGUUAUUU